AUGGCAGCGGCGAGGGGGAUAACCUGCGAGCUGGUGGCGCCGCAGAAGGUGAGGAGGGGGGCGACGGCGGCGCAGCUGCGUGUCCGGGCGGCAGCGAGGAUGACGAAGGCGGCGGAGCCGGCACCGGAGAGCGCGAAGAUCGUGCUCCAGCCGCGGGUGGCCAACCUCCGGUCGUACGGCUCGGGGGAGUACCCCAGCGGCGGCGCCGUCCGCGCGCGGCCGGCGAGGGAGGCCGGCGGAGAGAUCUCCCCGUUCUUCGCCUCCCUCGCCGAGUACAUCGAGAACUCCCGCAAGAGCCAGGACUUCGAGACCCUCUCCGGUCGCCUCGCCAUGGUACUUUCUCUUCUCCGGCGACAGGAGCUUCAUAUUUCAGCCAUAGCGACCGCUCCCUCUGAUUCUAUCUAUCUCUCCAUUUGUUUUAUUUCCGGCAGGUGGCGUUCGCUGGCACGGUGGCGGUGGAGCUGGCGACGGGGAGCUCCGUGUUCCGGAAGCUGGACCUGCGAGAGAUGGCGGAGGGGGCGGCGCUGUGCAUGGCGGUGGUGGCGUGCGCCGCCGCCUUCGCCUCCGCGUCGAGCGCUCGGACCAGCAUCGGCAGGAUGAUCGAGCUGGGCUACAACACCUUCGUGGACGGCCUCAUCGACAACCUCGUCGACGGGCUCUUCUACGAUAGCGAGCUCUCCGACUGGUCCGACGAACCCUAG